AUGCAUCGCAAAACUCGCUUCGUCUGCGUCUCGGACACACACGCCUACAACCCCUCCGAGGCGGGGUUCAAACUACCCCCAGGGGAUGUGCUCAUCCAUGCGGGCGAUUUGACCAACCGGGGGAGUUUGGCGGAGUUGCAGAAGACGGUGGAUUGGAUAUCGAGAGCGGAUUAUGAGAUUAAGAUUGUGAUUUGUGGAAACCACGACAUUAGCCUUGACCCAAGCCUCAGUGCCCCCAACGAGCCACAACAACAACAACAACAAAGAAAUACAACACACCACGAAAGCCUCAACACCCUCAAAGCCACCCCAAUCCUCUUCCUACAGCACGAAUCCGCCCUCAUCCGCCUAACCCGGCCCAACGGCCCCAACACCACCUUCACCGUCUUCGGCUCCCCUUACUCUCCAACUCACCAGUCCCAAUUAUCCGGGCCCUGGGCUUUCGGAUACGACUCAUCAACUCCUACUGCAGCUACAGCCCUAUGGAACAACAUCCCAUUGGACACCGACGUGGUGGUCACGCACACCCCGCCUCACUCGCACUGCGACAGCCGGCCUCUUGUUGGAGGUGAGUCCACGUCUGCGUCUACAUCUACAUCAGUCGGAUGCAAGGGUCUACGGGAGGCACUGCAGCGGGUGAGGCCGUUGUUGGCGGUCUGUGGGCAUGUUCAUGAGGCGCGGGGGUGUGAGAGGGUGCGGUGGGGGGGUUCCUUGCAGGAUAGUCGUCGUGGUAGUUUGGAUGGGGUUGUACCUGGGGAGGGGGGGAGAGAGAAACAGCUGCUCCCGCCAGUGGGGAGUAAGAAGAUGAGCUUGAUUGAUUUGACGGGAAGGAGGGGGGGUCGUCGCCUUGACAACGAGGGGGGUGCUUCUGGGGUGUGGCGUGGUCGUUUUGAUCAGAGUAUGGUUAUUGGAGGUCGUCUGGAUGAAUAUUCAAGGCAGGAAGAGGAAGCGGAGGCAGAAGCGUUGAAGCGACAGGAAACGUGCAUCGUCAAUGCCGCAAUCGUGGCCACUAGCUACCCGCAUCGGGGAGGCAAGCGAUUCAAUGCGCCUAUUGUGGUGGAUGUGGAGUUGCCUGUGUGGGGUGAUCCGGGCUCAGGUUGA